CGGAAGAGGUGUUGACGCUGAUUGUUGCUGUCAACUGUCAACUGUACAGCGACUACGGAGGCAACAAAGCACAUCGGGCGAUUACAAAGCGACUAAUUGCGGACUGCCGUUGCUGCGUUUGUGUUUGUGAGUGGGUGCGUGUGGCGCCUGUCCUGCAGCGUGUGUGAUGUCUUCAGAGCUGCUGGUGGAUCUGGGCGAAGACCCUGCGACCGCCCAGUUAGGACAGCUCAAGCUGGCCACCAUAGAGGACCAGCAGUGGCCCGCCGACGAGUCGACUCUCAGCAAGUCAGAGACCGACCUCUCCCAGCCCUUCGAUGCCAGCUCUCCUCACCUGCCCUGGGACCACCCCUUCUAUGACAUCGCCCGGCACCAGAUCAUCGAAGUGGCCGGUGAUGAUAACUUUGGCAGGAAGGUGAUCGUGUUUAACGCCUGCAGGAUGCCUCCACAGCACCAACUGGACCAUCACAAACUGCUCAUGUAUCUUAAAGGAACUCUGGACCAGUAUGUUGAAAGUGACUACACUUUGAUUUAUUUCCACCACGGGCUGACCAGUGAAAACAAACCGUCCCUCGGCUGGUUACGAGAAGCGUACCGAGAGUUCGACAGAAAGUAUAAGAAGAACAUCAAGGCUCUUUACAUCGUCCACCCCACCAUGUUCAUCAAGACUCUGCUGAUCCUCUUCAAACCCUUCAUCAGUUUUAAGUUCGGCAAGAAGAUCAACUACGUGAGUUACCUGAGCGAGCUGGAGGACGUGGUGAAGUGCGAGCAGCUGCUCAUCCCGGCUCGCGUCAAAGAUUACGAUAACAACUUGCGGUUGUCUCUGAAACCGAGCGCCCAGCCGCCCAUGUCUCCUCCUCGCAGCCCGCCCCUCCCUAACCAGGUGUUUGGAGUGCCGCUCACAUUGCUCAGACAAAGGAGUCCUGAUGACGACUGUGUUCCCAUGGUGAUGAGAGACACCAUCAGUUUCCUUUCAGAACAAGGUUUGGAGAUCGAGGGGAUCUUCAGACGCUCGGCUAACGUGACUCUGGUGAAGGACGUUCAGCUCAAAUACAACUCAGGCGUGUCGGUGGAUUUCCGAGAGAUUGAAGACGUCCACUUGGCGGCUGUGAUCCUGAAGACGUUCCUCAGAGAACUUCCUGAACCUCUGCUCACCUACCAGCUCUACAACGACAUCAUCAACUUUGCCUCUGUGUCAGAGGACAGUCAGGUGAUGGUCAUGAAGACGCUGCUGGAGUCGCUGCCGGAGGAAAACUUUGCAUCACUGCGAUACCUCGUCAUGUUCCUGGCACAGGUAUCGGCCAACAGUGAGGUGAACAAAAUGACCAACAGUAACCUGGCCGUGGUGUUUGGUCCCAACCUGCUGUGGGGGCGGGACAACGCCAUGUCACUCAGCGCCAUCGGUCCAAUCAACAACUUCACCAGAGCCCUUCUGGACCAACAGCAUCUGGUCUUUACCUAAGCUCCGCCCACUUCACCCUGCGGUCUCUCUGUACAAGUCAGACACACAACAACCUACAUGCCCCCCCCCCCCCCCUCUGCUCUUUCAGUCUUUAGCAUCCGACCAAUCAGGUGCUUCUUCACUGACUGAUAGAUGUGUCUGCUGACCAUUAAAAACCAACACGAACUGCAGCUUCAAACUCGUCCAUGGCUCCACAUACGCUUUAAAAAAAAAAACGACCUGCAUGUGUUCGUACCCGUGUCAAAGUUCAGAUCUCUGCAGAGAGGUUGAAACCGCUCGUGGUCCUCAGGCUUUUCUCCGUUUGUCUGUGACGUGCUGUUGUCCGUCUGUCUCUCUGCUGUUUCCUGUUUUAGUGCCAAAAAAAAUACAAAAAAGAGCCUCCAGCUUUGACAGAAAGACACAAAGAGCGAGACAGAGCAGGGUGACGAUGCAGAAUAAAAACUACAGGAACCAAACUGAAGAGAGGAGGUGGAGGUGUGAGUCUCAGGUGAACUUACAGACGCUGAACUUGGUACCAAAUCAUGACAAUCUUUAAAAAAAAUGCUGUAAUUAAAGUAAGGAGAAGUAAAAACACAGCUGUGUAACUCUGCAGCCGGAGCACAGCGCUGCUGGAGCUGCUUUAAGGGAAAACACUGUCAGACAUCCUCUUCAUGCCUCCUUCUUUAGUUUAUAUAUAUGACUUUACUUUUAUAUUAGUAACUAUAUAUCUGUUGUUUUCUCACCGUUGCUUUAUUUUUUUAUUUUUUUUAAAGGUACGGGAUCAACAGCUUACACAUCUCCAUGCGUUGAAGUUAAUGAUGCACACACGCAGACGCUCAGAUCUGUGAUUAAAGGUCCAAUCAGUCAGAUGUGUAGUGAUUUAAAUCAUCAAAUGACCUGACUAUCUGAUCAUUAAGGAAACAUGCUAUGUUGAAGUGCUGGCUUCUCUGACAACAAUGCAGCAGCCAGUAUGUCCUCCUUCUAACUUUAGAUUCUGCUCCUGAAUGAUCUGGAACGAGCCACUUUCCCCAGAAUCUCCUCCUCUCUGCCGCCCGUUUGUCUUCAUAUAUCCACGACAUGAAUCAGCGACAGCCGAGAAGCUGUUCUUCUCUUUGUGCUCGGGGACAUCGAGGACAGUUUGGAGGUGUUUAAGCUGAUUGAUUUUAUAAUCGUUGUAAAUACUUUGUGUUGUCACCAGAAUCAGCCUGAGGCUUUGAUAAAACAUUCAGACACUAAGUCGAUCCUCUUCUUGAAUAUUCUCUUCGAUAUGUAGCAGCUCCUCUGAAUUUCCGACUUCUGCGAUCAAAUGGAACGCACCAUAUUUAAAUCAGAUAUCAAAAUGAACGUACUGUCACUUUAACCCGCCUGUUCGAGCUCCCUGUUUCACUCAACGUUGAAAUCAAGCCGCCGUUUGCACCAACGACGUUCCACUGCUUCUGCAUGUGAACAAAGAUGGAGACCACGCUGAGGCUUUUUUAACUUUUCUAUAAGCCUGCGUGCAAAUGUAGCUCAAUGCAAAGAUGACUAACGAUUAGAUGAGUUGAUUAACGAGAGUAAGAACGACUUUUAGACACGUUUGUGCUCUUAAAAAGAUCUUCUGUUGAUCUCGAGGACAGCCUGUUAGCACUACAUUUUCCCAACAUGUCUGACUUUAUAUUUCAUUUUUCUUGCAUGCAUCGACCUCUUUUCCCUCCAAGGCCAAAUCGUAUUUCUGCACGUUUUCCUUUUUUGUACUCAGCGGUGCAGAUUCACGCUUUAUUUCAUGUUCUGAUUCCCGUCCCAGCGCCUUAAUUUCAACGACUUCUUGUUACUGUAUCUGAAUUGAUCUGAUCAUUUUGGAUAUUACUUUACUUUAUUAGCUUCAUAGCUCGGUGUAGUUGAAACGUUACAUGAGUCUGCGAGGAGGUCAGGAACUUCUCUGUCUUUUUUUUCUCGUUUCCGGCCUUUAAAACUUUAAAUGCUGUAGAUUUUUAUUUUUAUUUUGUAAACGGCCAAAACAUUCUCAGUGGUUGAACAUUAGUGUGGUAACAGUACGAUGUGACUGAAGACGCAGAAAGAUCCGAGUUUAAGUUCAGACUGAAGCUGAAAGCAAAAAAAAAAAAAAAAAAUAGUUAAAAAAAAUCUGAUGUUUACCUGUUGUAACUCGUCGUCAUGCCAACGCCAUGUCAUUGGCAUGCUUUAGUGUAAAUAUGAGUGUGUGUAGGUGUGUGUGUUUGUGGGUAAGUGUUGACUCAGCUGGACCCGGCACGUUUAGAGUCUGAACGCUGCCCGGGCUUAAAUAUAUAUACUUAAAAAAAAUAGGGCUCCUGUCAGCUGAGAUGUGUGUGUGUGUGUGUGUGUGUGUGUGUGUGUGUGUGUUUAUAGUAUCGUUGUCCGAUAAGCCGAUAGUUAUUAUUCGAUAUCAUGAGAUAAAAAAUUAUCUUUUUAGGUUGCCAAAGUUGCACAACCGCUUUCUCUAAAACAAACAGAACCUCAUAGAAAAAAAGUACAAAAAUCUGAUGAAACCACGACUUCUUAUCUUCGACGUUUGAUUUGACGACCGCAGUUUAUCGGUGUGUGUGAGAGAGCGCCUGUGUGUGUGUGUGUGUGUGUGAGUGUGCAUGCUCGUGCCUUAUUCGUUUCCCCUCAAGUGAUCGUUUGAUUAGCCAUCAAAGUGCCGGUGUGCCCGUUCUGCCAUAGAUUAAAAACGACUUGAGGUGGGUUCAACAGAGCCGUGGUGUUCUGGUGGUAAAGGUUCAUUCUGAUGUUUGUUUGUUUUUUCAAUCUGGGGAUUUUUUACGGCUCAAUAAUGACAAACAGGAAGCAGAAUUCUGGCAGUUUGAUUCAGCCAGUUGAUCAAAGUGUGUAAACUAGAAGUCGUUGUUUUUUGUCCUUGACAGGCUCCAGUUGUUCGUCUCAGUGUGUGACAUCGUUCACAGAUCAGGGACAAAAACAACGACUUUGCUGCAGGAUGAACGAAUCCACUGGAGGCAUUAAACCGUUUGAACCUUUAUUUAAAACACGAGCCAAUCAAACAAACAGAAUGACCUUUAACCAAUCGAGCACCGUCCACACUCGGCUUGUUGAAUGCAGCUCGUCUGUAAUCAAGGAUCGCAAGUUUGAGGAAUAAAAACUGUGAAGAGGAUUAAAGCGUCGUUAAAAUAUGAUUUCUUGUGUUUUAUCACUACAUUCAGAGAUUAACCCCGGACGUUAAAUUCAAAAUCAAUUCAAAUCACUCAAUCUGAAAUAUUUACGCUCUUUUUUUAAUUUUAUUUUAAAGUUCAGCAUCCAGUCGACCAAAAGAAUCACAAAUGCUUUUAAAAAGACAAACUUUCUUCCUGCUUCAUAAUCGUUCUGAUGACCCGUGACAUCGUUUCUCCCGACCUCUGCUGAUCGAUUACAGCCUCUCUAAUCUAUGGAUCUCUGUACUGUAACUGUUGUCAUGGUGACAGUGAACAAUAUUUCUCUUUGAGAGAUGAUGUAUUGAUACUGAGUGAUCUUAUUUUCUUAACUCUGUUUUCAUCCUUUACUUUUUGAUAUGUCGUGGAUCUUAGACUUCUAUGUGUAUCAUAUAAUGAGUAAUAUAAAUAUACUGUAAUAUUAUUGUGUGCAAACAAUAAACUCAUGGUGAACAAAA